AUGACGCUUGCGCGGAGGCAUCCCGACCUUAGGUUCGCCGUGCUGGAGAAAGAGGGCGAGAUCGCCCAGCACCAGACGGGGCAUAACAGCGGCGUCAUCCACGCGGGGAUCUACUAUGCGCCGGGCUCCCAGAAGGCGGGCUUCUGCUACACGGGCAACCUGGAACUCCGCAAAUACUGCGACGAGCGCGGGAUCGACUACGAGAUGUGCGGCAAGCGCGGCAAGGCGAAUGGCGUGGAACGGCUCGAACUCAUUGGCCGCGAGCGCCUUCGGGAGAUCGAGCCGCACGCGGCUGGGGUCAAGGCCAUCUGGUCGCCGGAGACGGGCAUCGUCGACUACCGGCGCGUGUGCAGAGCGUACGCGACCGACUUCGGGGAGAUGGGCGGGGAGCUACGGCUGAACACCCGCGUAGAGCACGUCGCGAGGCGCGGCAACACAGUGAACAUCGACACCGACCAGGGCAGCAUCGCGGCGUUGGGCGUCGUCAACUGCGCGGGGCUUCAGGCCGACAUGGUCGCCCGUGACAUGGGCGAAAGCGUGGGACUGCGCAUCGUCCCGUUCCGUGGGGAGUAUUUUUCGCUUAGGCCGGAGAAGGAACGCCUCGUGAACGGGCUGAUCUACCCCGUGCCGGACCCGAAGCUGCCCUUCCUCGGCGUGCACUUUACGAAGCGGGUCGACGGCAGCGUCGAGGCCGGGCCGAACGCCGUGCUGUCCCUUGCGCGCGAGGGCUACGAGAAGACUUCGUUCCGUGUGGGCGAGGCCCUCGACAUCGCCACGCAUCCCGGCUUUUGGCGCAUGUCGAUGACCCACUGGAGGAUGGGCAUGAAGGAGCAGUACCGCUCGAUGUUCAAAUCGUCGUUCGUCAGCUCGCUGCAGAAGCUCGUGCCGGAGGUCCAGCCGGAGGACGUGUGGCGACCGAGCGCCGGAGUGCGCGCCCAGGCGAUCGACGACAACGGCGGCCUGCUGCAGGACUUCCGAAUCGUCCAGGGCGACAGGGCCGUUCACGUCCUCAACGCCCCGUCCCCCGCCGCCACGUCCAGCCUCCCUAUCAGCCGUCACAUCGCAAGCAUCGCCACCGUCGCCUUCGAGCUAUAG